CGGUGGGUUUGGAUUUAGAAAGCAUAAACCAGCAACUUUUACUCCAUUUUCUUUGUCCCCUCUGUUGGUGGACUCUUUCGAGGGGAUUAAGGUUGCUUGGUCUGGAAAAGUUCUGUAAGAGCUGAGCUUGGAGAUUUGUAGUAUUCAUGGAUUCAAGAACAACCAUUUUCAGCGAGCCCAGGUCCGACCCUUUCGACGUUGUUCUCCUCAUCGUUACGUUACUGCUAAGAGCAGCUAAGAGCAAAUUUAGGUGAAGAAGGCAACCAAAAAUGUCUAUGAAGAACAAAGUUGGAGGAACUGGCUUGGAUUUUGCUUCAAGAUAUGUGUUAUUAAAGAAGUGGGCCUUUUUCCUUUGUUUUGUGUGCUUUUCUGCUGCCAUGCUUUUUACAAAUAGGAUGGGGAUAGUGCCCAUGGCUAAUGGUGUUGCACUGAAGUCUACAAUCUCCCAUCAAAGAAUGGAGUUAAAAUCUGAGUCUUAUGAUCCAGAAUUUGCGAAAACUAAGGCAUUUGGUGCAAGGCCAGAAGAGUUUUCAAGGUCUCAGCUUAGUAUUCAGACACUUGCUAAGAACAUCAUAGAUCUGGAGAAGAAACUUGCAGCUGUAACGAUUAGUCACACAUCUGCAUCAAAUGAUUCGACUUCGAAAAGAAAAUAUUUAGUGGUUGUAGGAAUUAAUACAGCUUUUACGAGUCGAAAACGAAGAGAUUCGGUUCGUGCAACAUGGUUGCCACAAGGUGAGAAAAGAAAGAAGUUGGAGGAAGAGAAAGGCAUAAUCAUUCGUUUCGUUAUCGGUCGAAGCGCAAAUCCUGGUAGUAAACUCAACAAGAUGCUUGAUGAUGAGGAGCGUGAACAUGGAGACUUCCUUAGGCUGAAUCAUGUUGAGGGUUACCUCGAGUUAUCGGCCAAGACGAAGACUUACUUUGCUACAGCUGUUUCAUUGUGGGAUGCCGAGUUUUACGUCAAAGUCGACGAUGACAUCCAUGUGAACUUAGCUGCGCUCGGAACGACCUUGGUUCGACAUCGGAAUAAACCUCGGGUUUACAUUGGUUGUAUGAAGUCCGGACCCGUCCUCUCCAAGAAGGGAGUAAAGUAUCACGAACCGGAGUAUUUGAGAUUCGGCGAUGAGGGGAAUAAAUAUUUCCGUCAUGCUACGGGACAGUUAUACGGAAUCUCGAAAGAUUUAGCUACUUACAUCUUACAAAACCAGGAUGUGCUGCACAAGUAUGCCAAUGAAGAUGUUUCAUUGGGUUCUUGGUUUGUUGGUUUAGAUGUGGAGCAAGUGGAUGACAAGAAACUAUGUUGUAGCACCCCACCUGAUUGUGAGAGAAAAGCUUUGGGAGGUGAAGUUUGUGUGGCUUCAUUUGAUUGGAGAUGCAGUGGGAUAUGCAACUCAGUGGAAAGGAUGAGUGAAGUUCACCAAAAGUGUGCCGAAAAUGAGACUUCUUUAUGGAGUUCAAGCUUUUGAAUCAUGUUGAAAUUGGUCUGAUAUAGGUUUAGAUUCAUAUGUUAACAGCUUUGUAGGGAAGAGAUAUACCUUUACUUCAUAAUGUAUUGUUCGAGCCAUUAGAUAUUAGAAUUCUCGAGAGCUUUCAUGUUCGUAUUUGUGAUGUAAUGUGAUAAGUAAGUAAUCAAAAUGUUACUCGAUUCAAAUUCA